AUGAAGCUUUCGACCAUACAACUAACAUGGGAUCUUCUGUUGAGGUCUUCCGUAAUCAUAGGUGAUUUCAUUGUCGGUUUUAACAAGUUCAUUGGCUAUUCCUCCAUCCUUGAAAUCGAGCUUUGGAGAAUCUAUGAUAGUCUCACCCUUGCCUGGUCUCUAGGAUUCAAGAAGGUCCACUUUCAAACUAAUAGCACUAAAGCUUACAAUCUCAUUACCUCCCCUGAUGCUCUCAACAACCCUAUGGCCCUCGUGCGAGCCAUUGCCCUUAUCUCCUCGAAGGCUUGGUUCCUUGACUUUAUCUUAAUCAAGCGUGAAGCCAACCAGGUGGCUGACUCCAUUGCCAAGCUCCAAGCUAACGCUGAUGGCUCCUUGACCACCUUCAAUGAGGCUCCUCUUCAACUUACUGAUAUCCUCUCCAGAGAUGUCAAUGGCCCGUCUCACGUUAGGAGACAUAAACUUACGGCUUAA